CAGCGGACAGCAAGAGGCGGCAGCCAGAGGGGCGGCGCGGCCAGGCGCGGGGCCAGAACGCUGCGCGGGCGCGGCGCCGGGAGGGGCAGAUCCACGCGCGGGACUCACCACCGCGCUUCGCCUGCAGCGUCGGGCCGGCAGGGCUCCGCACCAGCAGGCGGAAGGGAGGCGGCGCCCGGAAAUGAGGCGGCCGGAAGUUGGCGGGCGCCGGCUCUCGCGAGACCGUCGGGGGCGUGGCCCUGGGCCGUCCUCCUGUAACCACGGCGACGCGGCGGGCGCGGGCCGGGCGCGGGCCGGGCACCUGGGUUCGGGCCUGUUGGGCGUCGCCGCAGGGCUCCGGGGUCCGCGGGACCGCAGAUCAAAGUUGAAAAUGGCCCAGGAGGUGUCCUGCAUCGGUGACUGUGAGGACACUAUGAUUACAGAGAAGUACCUGGCUGAGUCCAAGGAGCCUGCGUCUCAUGUGCAGCUGGCCUGCAGCAUGCUGUACUGUGCCUUCCCCCUGGAUGGGAACCAGCUUUGCCUGUGGAGCAUCAGGGACCCUUCUCACCAGCUUCUAAUCCUACAAGGACACCUUCAGUCAAUUACUGCUAUGGCUUUUGGAAAUAAAGAGAAUCCACCUCUAAUCUGUUCUGCAUCACAGGAUUAUCUUAUGAUAUGGAACCUGGAUGAAUGCAGAGAGAAGUCACUUAAAGGGCUGGUUCCUCGAGGGACCGUCAUGGGUACGCUUUUGGAAAAAGUGCUGUAUUUAAGAUUUAGUCCAGACGACCGUGUUGUUGCAGCAUGUGCUGGCAGCAGAGUGUUGGUGUUGGACGUGGAGAGCCCUUGUGGUAUAGAGUGCCACAUCCACGUUCUUGCCAGAGCCUGUUUCCACAAAGGACCGGGAUGCUCACUUACCUCCUGGUUGGGCCUAGGGGGAGUGACAGCAGCCCCCUCUAGGUUGGCAGUCUUAAACACAAUGCUCGUCUGGAGCUGGCGCUUGACUCCUGGUGACUUUGGAGCUGAUGUGAAACCGAGGCUCACAUUAAGUGAAAGUCCAUCUGUGCUGGUGGAACUGGAGGGCCAUCAGGGCCCAGUGACCGCUGCAGAAUUUUGUCCCUGGCAGGGACAAACCCUCAUUUCAGUGUCUGAAGACAGGAGCUUUAAGGUCUGGGACCACUGUAUGGGAACAUUAGUGUACAGCUCAUCUGUUUUUGCAGCAUAUCCUCUCCUGAGUUUGUUCAUCGAUGAGGACAGUAAGCAGCUUCUCACAGGGUGUGCUGAUGGCCAGCUUUGGGUCUUCAGUUUGAUAGAAAGGCACCAUUACCGGUGUGUGGCACGGGUUGACCUAAGGAAGAAAAACAAGGCUUUCUUCACCCGAAGGAUGGAGUCUGAGGUGUGCAGCCUGACAGAGGAGACUCAGCGCCCCUCUAGGAAGAUGCUGGACCAAGGAGAAGAGGCCGAAGCAGCCCUCCCCAUCCUGAUGCUGGCAGGCUGCUACCUUCCACGCCUUCUAGAUGCUGGAUGUGGAGUCAGCCUCCCUUCUGAGAGCAGCACCUGCUUGUGGAUUGCAAGCUCAACUGGUCUGUUCAUAUUCCACCUGGCAAGCUUGGAACUGGAGCACGCACUACACUUCAAAGACUUCAGGUGCCUCAGCGUCCAGGUGGCUGGUUCCUGCGCUGUGACGAGCCAGGCUGCUGACCACAAGGCCUUUUGCCUGCUCACGUCCAUGUUUGGGAAGAGAAUUGCCAUACUGGAAAUCAGCCUGGAUACUCUGGUGAGGUCCCAGCAGGGCCCUGUCCCUGAGAAGGCACUGUCAGUGCUGGCGAGCUCCUGUGUGCUACCAACUUCUCCCCUGUAUCUUGGAGUUGUUAAGGGGAAAAGUACUAAACCUGCUGGUCACAAACAAUCUGCUGUGCAGAGUGCCGUGGGGGACCAGCCCUUGGUUUUCCACACCAAAGUCAGGUCGUCCGGUUACGCAUUGCCACCGCGUGUCACUAUGUUUUCACCAAAGACUAACAUCAAGAAAGACGGUAAAAGAUCUUCAAAAUGCAAGAUCAAUUGCAAACGUGAGGAGUACCCUUUGGAGACCUCCGUGCCAAGUAAACCCAGCAAGCAGGUUGCUGUGUGCCAGGAGCCCACUGCUGUGACCUGUGUCCAGUACUCAGGAGAUGGACGGUGGUUGGCCUGUGGCUUAGCCAACAGUCUUUCUCUGGUCUUUGAAGCCAGCCUUACUGGAACACCUGCUGCCCUUUCAGGUCAUGAUGGAGCUGUGAGCACCCUCUGCUGGAGCCAUGACCAGAGGUGGCUGCUCUCUACUGCCCAGGACCAGACUCUGAGGCUGUGGUCGGUUCACAGGAAGGAGCUCCUGCUGCUUCUGGGCAGAGGCAGGCUUUGUAAGCCGGUGCCAUCCGCACAGUUCUACUACAUGGAUGCCUUCAUUCUACUGUCCUCUGGCCAGGAACUCCAGCUGCUGAGGUACCAUGUGGACCCCGUCAGAGAUGAGAUAAAAAGGUAUAAGCCCAGGAGCAGGUACGAGUGUGUCUUCAGGCUGUCCACCAGGGGGGCCACCGAGGUGACCAGCUUGUCAGCGGUGAACGACUUCUAUUCCCAUGUGGUCCUCACAGCUGGCCGCAACAGGACUUUGCAAGUUUUCGACCUCAACACUGGCUGCAGUGCUGCAGUGAUAGCAGAAGCCCACUCACGGCCUAUCCAUCAGAUCUGUCAGAAUAAAGGAUCAUCAUUUACGACCCAGCAGUUCCAGGCCUAUAAUCUUUUCCUGACCACAGCCGUUGGUGAAGGGGUGAGACUGUGGGACCUGAGGACCCUGAGGUGUGUGUCCCGCAGCCUGGCUUAUUUCACUCAUGAUGCUCUGACCUUUUUAAGAGUGGUACUGUGUGUGAGCGCAGUUUUGAAGGACAUCCGAACCGUGGCUACCCCUGCAGAAUUGCUUUCAGCCCUUGUGGACGGUUUGUGGCCUGCGGAGCUGAGGACAGACACGCUUACGUGUACAACCUGGGCUGCAGCACAUUUUCCCAUCGGCUGGCUGGACACACAGACACCGUCUCUGAAGUGGCCUUCAACCCGGCGGCUCCCCAGCUUGCCACCGCCACCGUGGACGGGAAACUGCAGCUCUUUGUGGCUCAGUGACUGUGCCGGGUGGUUCCUGGAUGUGAGAGGAGAGCAAGACGUCCCUGCAAUCCCUCUGGGCCAGCACAGGGAGGUUUCCGUGGUUAGGUUCUGCCUUCCACAGACCCCUCUUCCCUGGGGGCUGCUCUCAGCUUGGUGCUGAGAAGCAAGUCCACACAGAUGGGAGGAGAGCCGGUGGUGACCAGUGUGGGAGGUUGGGCGGAGGACACCCGGGCCCCGUCAGCGAGUGUCCUCGGGGUGCAGGGUCAGUGAGGAGCGGAGAGAUGGGUCCUGAGUCUGCCUCCCCUUCUCUCGCCACCGAGGGAAGCUGCUAGCCUUCAUGCCAAAGGGCAGAGCCCACCACAUUUUUACUGGGGGUGCCAGGGACAGAACCCAGGGGGG